AUUAAAUAGAAAAGAAGAAGGAAGUUCUCUUCAAACCGACCUCCUGCCCACGCAAAAAAAAAACAAAAAAAAAGCAGCAGCGAAUUUUUAUUUCUCUCCUCCCAGAACCCUAAACCCAUUCCCCAAUUCGAUCGAGAAACUCGACAAUCGAAGAAUUUAUCAGGAAAUUUUGUUUUUUUUAUUCCGAUUGAGUUUUCUCCGAACAACUACUUAGCUGAAUAAUGCAAAAACGACGUUGACAACACCAAAAAAUUUCAGAAUUCAGAUGGGUUUGAUUGGUGUCACAUUCAGAUGAAUUCAGAUCAGGAUCCUUUUGUUGUCUUAUGUUAAAGUCACAACAAAAUGGAUACAUUAGAUGAUCUUAUCUGUGGUUUGCCGAUAUCAAUUAAGAAUGUUUUUUAUCUUUGAUUUCCAAAGCCAAAGUGUGUUCCUUUUUUUGUAUCUGACGUUGGUUUUUAUUGGUUCUGGCUAUACACAGGCUACGCCAAUGAUUGCAGGUGCUGCUGUAGCUGCUGCUGCUGUUGCUGGUAGAUAUGGUAUAUUGGCUUGGCAAGCUUUCAAGGCAAGACCUCGUGUUCCUAGAAUGCGCAGGUUUUAUGAAGGUGGUUUCCAAAGUUCUAUGACCCGCCGAGAAGCUGCUCUCAUUCUUGGUGUUAGGGAGAGUGUUGUGGCAGAUAAGGUGAAGGAAGCUCACCGGAGAGUGAUGGUUGCAAAUCACCCAGACGCUGGAGGCAGUCACUAUCUUGCUUCUAAGAUCAAUGAAGCCAAAGAUAUGAUGCUUGGAAAAUCCAACAACAGCGGUUCUGCCUUUUGA